UGUAAACAGGCCGCCAUGUUGUGUACAAAGACAGCAGAUAACCAUCCUAACUGUUAGAGUUUCACUCUUUCUGUUCCAGUCACACUGAACCGGGACCACUGAUCUAUUGAUCUAUUGAUCUAUUGAUCUAUUGAUCUGUGUGAGAGGGCUCCGGCGGGCUCUCGGGCCGUGAUGGAGUCGGUAGAAACUUUCCGCGGGCAGAUGGAGCUGAUCAUGGAGGCGGCGGUGGAGUCCGCGGUGUCUGUCCUCCACCAGAGACUGCCACAGGAUGGCGAGGACAGCGAGCACAGCGAGCACAGGAGGGCUCAGCUGACGGCCGUCCUUGAUGUGAUGAGCAGGGAGGCGGUGCGUCAGAUCUGCAGAAUCUUCAGAGAGCUGUACGAGAGUUUAAUGAGAGAGAACCAAACUCUGAGGGACAGAGUGGGACACCUGGAGUCUGAACUGAGGUCAAAGGUCGUCAGAAACCGCGGAGCUGAGAAGACGGUUUAUAAGAUCAAACCAUCAGAUGGACCCGCCCUCUCACUGGACAUCAACCAACCAGCUGCCAACCCUGCCGCCCUCGCCAUGGCCAUCCUCAACUCCACCAAAUCCAGACACAGAGCCAGCAGCAGUCCUCAGGUCCCUCUGGUCAUCAUCAGCCAGCCCGUCCCAGGACCAAUCACAGGCCAGACUGACUCCGCCUCCCGGGAACCGCCACAGAAACCAGAUCAAACCACCACUUACGCUAACGCUGCUGCUAGGAGUCCGACCGACCUUCAGACUGAGGUGGUGUUAGAAAUGAACCAGAUCUCCACAAACAUGACUUCACUUCCUGUCGCUAAUGAUCAGCUAACCGGUGAGCUCGCAGCCAGUGAAGACACGCCCACACCUGAAGAAGAACCAGCGCUUGGUUUUGAAGCGGAGGAGGUUGAACGGAAAGCUGAGGAGCAGACAGACAGUCAAACAGGUCUGAAUGAAGAGGAACAGAAGGAGCUGGAGAGGAAGAGGAGGAGGGAGCUGUACAAGGACAAGAGGUUCUUCUGUGAGCUGUGUAACAAAGGUUUCCAUCAGAAACACCAGCUGAGGAAACAUGUCUCCUGUCACCUCAAACCGUUCCCCUGCACCUCCUGCGAUAAAGGUUUCUACAAGGCCAAGACUCUACAAAAGCACCUGCUGACCCACCAGCUGAGGGAGGCACAGGAGAACGACCCUGACAAGCUGCUGUGCUGCGAUCAGUGUGACAAAAAGUUCAGACUGCUGCGGCAGCUCCGAGUCCACCAGGCGUCUCACCGGCUAGAGAAAACACCGCUCAAGUGCCAAAUCUGCGACCGCACCUUUACCUCCGCUGGCGCGCUCCGCUACCACGAGGUGUCACACUCUCAGGUCAAACCCUUCAUGUGCGACGUCUGCGGGAAAGGCUUCUCCAGGAAGAAGAGCCUCCGUGAGCACCAGACCGUCCACACCGGCGCCCGGCCGUACCCCUGCCCAACCUGCGGGAAAAGCUUCUCCACCGCCAGCAACCUGCGUGUCCACAGAAGAUCGCACUCUGAGGAGCGGCCGUACAAGUGCUGUGACUGCGACAAGGCCUUCAAGUGUAAGAUGGGACUGCUGCAGCACCGCGUGGUCCACUCCGGAGAGAAACCCUUUAUGUGCCAGACGUGUGGACUGAGCUUUGGCCUCAAGUAUAACUUCCAGAGACACCUCCGCCUCCACAAUGGAGAGAAACCCUUCAGGUGUGAUCAGUGUGGAGAGGGGUUCACAGGAACCUGGGCUUUGAAGACCCACAUGCUGGUUCAUGGUGUUGAGAAGCCAUUCAUGUGCGACCUGUGCGGGAAGACAUUUUUCUACAACUGUCAGCUGCAGAAACACCAGCAGCUGGUCCACCACAACCAGGAUAGGGUCAGAGGCGUGCCAGGCAGACGCAGGCCAACCGGGGUUAAGGCCUUCAGCUGUAAGAUCUGUCUCAAGAGCUUCAGCAGCAACAGCACACUGCGUACACACGAGAAGAGCCACGCCGAAAACAAAGAGUUCACCUGCGACACCUGCGGGAAGUCCUUCCACCUGCGACACCUGUACCUGUACCACCUGAGGCAGCACAGCGGGGACAGGCCCUACGUCUGCACUGUCUGCCAGAAGGGCUUCCUGCUCAUGUCGCAGCUGAAGCAGCACGAGCUCCUGCACACCGGAGUCAAACCGCACAAGUGCGAACAGUGCGGGAAGGAGUUCCGGACUCCGCAAAACUUCCACCGCCACCUGCUGGUCCACACCGGGGAGAAGCCCUACGAGUGCACCGUGUGCAGCAGGAAGUUCCGCCAGUCAAACCAGCUCAAGUCUCACAUGCAGAUCCACACAGGAGUGAAGCUGUACGCCUGCGAGCGUUGCGGCCGCGGAUUCUCCGACUCCCGGCAGCUCAAGAAACACUGCUGUGGAGACGACUUCCGGAGCUUUGAGUCCAGCAGCAAACGCAGGAAACAGAAGACCGUGUUCCCGUGGACUGAGAGCUUCAAUAACACCUAAAUGUUUCCUCGGAUCCUCUGAUUCUCUCUGAUGUUCACUACAGUGGUUAGCAUAGCUCAGCAUAAAGACUGGAAAUGUGAUGUUCUGUGUGUUCAGUACAGUACAGCCUAGCUUAUUGGGGUGCGAUUCUGUACCUUUCAGGACGAUCCAAUACCCAGAUACAUUACUGUGCUACGAUACGCUUCAAGGACAUUUUAAUAUGGAGCAACUGGAUACGUUGCAGUCUGAUACAGUUCUUCACAUUUGUUUAAUGUAGACAUUUAUUUUCUGUUGUACUUUAAAAUAGGACAAUUCUGCAUCUGGACUGGAAACAGAAGGUUGUGUUCCUUCAAUAACACCUGAAUGCCCCCUGGAACUAUUUCUGUGUAUCCAUCCGCCCAGGAUAAACAGAGACGUGAUUUAAUUUUAAUAUUUAAAACCAAAACUCUGCUGAUGAUAAAUAUUGUUUGUAGUUUGACCGUCUGUUGUUGUUUUUUAAUGGCUGAUUGUUUGUGGAAGGUAUUUCUCAGCUGUUUCCUUCAGUUUGACUCUUUGUCUCUGUUACCUUGGAGGAGAAUACUGUUUAAUUUGUGCUCUUUUCAUAGGAACUACUUUCUGCUCAAGAAAUAGUCCCUCAGUGUAGUUUGUGGAGAGUAGACACCAUUAGUUCAACGCCUUGUAUUAAAGUUGUGUCCCAGCUCUCUACUGUGUAUUAAUACGGCGUAUUUAUACUGCAUAUAUUGAGCAUAGAAGAUUCAUGAGAUGAUAUAAAUAAACUUUUUAAUUAUAA